GUGAAGUUAUCUUUUCUUUGAAUUUGUUGAAGAUGAAGAAAAUUCUUCUGUUUUGUGGUGUUGUGUUAGUUGCAAUAGAUGCAAUUGUGGCAAAUCCAUGUGCGAAUCCCCCUAAAAUUCAUCCAAAGGUAUGCUGUGAUUUCCCUAUGCCACUCCCAGAAGCCCUAGUGGCGUCCUGUGUGGGACAAUAUGGCGCCCAAACGAAACGUGUGCUUGAAUCCCUUCUUUCCGGAGGACCUCCUCGUGGAGCGUGCGUUGCGGAAUGCCUCGCGAAUGCAACUGGAUUGAUUACUGGUACAGAUGUGAAUGUUGAGAUGCUUGUUGGGGGAUUCAAGAUGGCGGCUGAAGGGAAACCCGAAUGGGAUGCAGUUUGUGAGAAAGGAGUAACAACAUGCGCCAGCAUGGUUAAGAGUCUUGCUCCUGCCUUUGAUGAGGCAGCAAAAUUGCCUCCGCUCGAUCCAGCAGAUCCCAUUUGCAGUGCUGGCCCAGGAUUUAUGCUCUUCUGCACCAUUAAGACUCUCUUUAUGGAAUGUCCAGCGAAGUACUACAAAGCAUCCCCAGAGUGUGAUGCUCUCAAACAGUAUGCAGAGACCUGUCCUCUGAGUUUCUAACUUCAGUGAUCAUCGUGGAUUUUCUGGGAUUUCAUUAAGACCAAGGCAGCUUCUUCUUUUUUAGUGUAAAAAAGCAUAUUUGUGUAAAUAAAGUAAAUCGUGAAUUUACUAAAAA